AUGGCCAUCCAAAUCCUUGCCACGAAAGGCGAUUACAAUCCCCUCGGUUGCCACUGGGUCCGCCAUUUCUUACAGCGUAAUAAAACCGUUCAUAUGAUCGUCAGUAGAUCGACUGCAGCUGGUCUAAUCAACGCAAUCAAUCAACAAGCGACUGUCAAUUCUUUAAGAGUUUUUGACCACUCAGGAAGCUGCUUAAAUACCCAGCCUAAUGAUUCCUACAAUAUGGAUGAAAGUGGCAUAAAUUUAGCAGUAUGUAAUGAAUUCAUAGUAGCUAGACCAUGA